UUUCUCUUUGUUUCCUUUUUUACUUUUUGCCCUUUCUUGUUCCAGGUUUUCUUUUAUAGUUACCAGAAACUAUUGUUAUACUCGAAUGCCCGUUCCGUCCUCUGUUUCUGUCAAUGACAUUAUGCCUUCUUCUGAAAUGCAACAAGAUAGAAAAUAUGUUUUGGGUAUUUGUGCUAUGGAUAGGAAAGCUCGUUCUAAGCCUAUGCGUCAUAUUCUUAAUCGAUUAUUAGCCUAUGCUGAUUUUGAUAUUGUGAUUUUUGGUGAUAAGACAAUUUUGGAUGAAGAUAUUGAGAAUUGGCCAGGUUGUGAUUUUUUGAUUUGUUUCUUUUCCGAUGGAUUUCCUCUUGAAAAGGCAGUGGAAUAUGUCAAACUUCGAAAACCUUAUGUAGUGAAUGAUGUAUGUAUGCAAUCAUUAUUAUGGGAUCGCCGUGUUGUAUUGGCUGUUUUGGAUGCUAUUGGUGUACCUACUCCUCCUCGUCUAGUGGUCUCUCGUGAUGGUGGUGCCAAAGUGGAUAUUGAUGCUGCUAAAGCUUUUAAAGAAUGCAAUGGGAUGGAUAUGGAUCGUAUCAUUGCAAAGUAUGCUAGUAAUACUCCAUCUAUAGAAGUGACUCGAAAUGGUAUUAUUGCCAAAGGAAAAUCUCUGGAUAAACCUUUUAUUGAAAAGCCUGUCGAUGGUGAAGAUCAUAAUAUCAACAUUUAUUAUCCUGAAUCUUUUGGUGGUGGUGGUCGUAGACUCUUUAGAAAGAUUGGUAACAAGUCUAGCGAAUUUGAUCCAGAAUUGGAAUUUGCUUCUGAAGAAGGUUCUUAUAUCUAUGAAAGUCUUAUGAUGACUGAAAACUGUGAAGAUAUCAAGUUAUAUACAGUGGGUCCUACUUUUAUUCAUGCGGAAACAAGAAAAUCACCUACUGUAGACGGUCAUGUUAAACGCAAUACAGAUGGAAAAGAAAUUCGUUAUUGUACUGAACUUACUCAAGAAGAAGAAGAAAUUGCUCGUAAAGUAUCCAAGGCAUUUGGCCAAAACGUAUGUGGAUUAGAUCUAUUACGGGUUCAAGGCAAAUCUUAUGUUAUCGAUGUCAAUGGUUGGAGUUUUGUUAAAGGAAAUGAUCAUUAUUACGACCAGUGUGCAAAGAUCUUGGCUGAAAAGUUCCAUCGAUCGAUUCAAGAACGUCCUUCUUCAUUGGCCGAUAUUCCAUCCAAGAUUUCUCCAGAAAACUCCUGGCGUUUGAAAGGUUUUGUUGCCGUUUUUCGACAUGGUGAUCGUACUCCCAAGGAUAAAUUCAAGAUCUCAGUCAAAUCUCCAUACUUUGCAAACUUAUUAGAAGGGAGUCGCCGUGAGGUAGUUUUCCGUCAAAAACAUCAACUAGAAAAGGUUACUGAAGCUGUGGACAAAUGUCUCUCUGAUGAUUCUGAAGAUACCGAUAAAAUGAUGGCUUUGAAAGAAAUCUUGGAAAAGAAAGCCAAUUUACCUGGUACCAAAGUGCAACUCAAACCGAAAUUCGAUCCUGAUUCUGGUGAACUGGAAAAAUUACAACUUAAUGUCAAAUGGGGUGGUGAGUUCACUCACGCUGGUCUUUAUCAAUCCAGGGAUUUAGGUGAAAACUUGCGAAAAGAUAUGAAUAUUCUCAAUCGUGCUGUAAUGGAUGAUAUCAAGAUUUAUAGUAGCUCCGAACGUCGAGUGAGAGCCACAGCUGAUAUCUUCGCCCGCUGGUUUCUGGGUCAACCUGAAUCUAUCGAUGGUGUUAUCUCUGAAAGCAAAUACUUAUUGGAUGAUAGUAAUGCAGCGAAGGAACAAGCUGAUGCAGUCAAGCGACAACUCAAGGAACUUUUACGACCUGGUAAUGAUUUACCAGAAUUAAUGCUUGCACAAAUGAAUUGGCCAGAAGGACUUCCUCAACCACAUGUGAUUCUUCAAGAAAUCUCAAUCAUCAUGUCUCGUUUGCAAACUCUGAUGCAUCUCAAUUGGUCAUCCAAGGUGGUCGAUCAACUUCAACGUCGCUGGUGCUGUUUUGAGUCUCCAUCUCUCUUCAAGGAACGUUGGGAAAAGAUGUUUCGAAAUUUUUGUCAAACUGGAAGUGGCGAUGAAAGUGAUGGAUCAUUCACCACUCAACAAUUAUCCUCAUCUGAAAAAUAUGCUGACCCUUCUUGGAUUCCUGAAUUAUACGAUUCUUUGAAAUAUGAUGCUUUACACAAUCGACCUUUUUUGAACGCAAUCUUCACUGAUCCUGAUUUGGCUUCUUCAUCACCUGAUCCUUCUAUAUUAUCACAGUCUCCACCAUCAACUAAUUCACCUCAUUUCCAACAGCAAAUAUCAUUUACCAAUCGACGACUUUCAACUGCUACUGAACCAACCAUGCGCAGCUGUAAUCGUGAUCUUCGAAAAUUAUACAAGUAUGUCAAAAUCAUGUUUGAUUUUAUCGCUCCUCAAGAAUUUGGUAUCUCUGACGUAGAAAAGAAGAAUAUCGGCAUGUUGAUUAGUCUUCCUUUAUUGAAAAGUAUUCUUAAAGAUUUGGAUGAUAUGACAACGUCAGAAAAUCCGAAGACAAGAUUAUAUUUCACAAAAGAAUCCCAUGUGCAUGCCUUAUUGAAUUUAGUAUAUCAUUCAGGUGUACCAACCAAAAUCCCAAGGAAUAUGCUACCUGAAUUGGACUUCUUAACCCAAAUCACAUUCGAACUUUAUGAACGUAAAAAUCCUGAUACCGACACUGCUGCUGAAUAUUCUUUACGAAUUGCUUUCUCCCCAGGUGCUCAUUAUGAUAGCGUUCUGGAUUUGCAUAUGGAUGCUGAACAUUGUCUCAAAGUGGCUCCUCGCAAAAACUUAAUUCCUCAUCUUUCUUUGGAAGAAGUCUUGUACUACCACAAAGGAUAUUUGAAUGUUCCCAACUUGAAGGCCAUCCAACAAACCAUUGAAGAACGUCAACUUUAUUAUGCUCAAGAAGAUAAUCAAUAGGUUUUUCCUCUUCUUUUUUUUUUUUUUUUUGUGUCCGUU